AUGGGGAUUUUGUUUGUGAAAUUAAUCUUCACAUACUUAUCAGUUUUUAAUGCAAUAAUAUUUGUUUGCUGUGGGAUCUCCAACGAGACGGAUAGGCUUGCAUUGCUAGCCAUCAAAGCUCAAAUAAAGGAGGAUCCUUAUGGGGUCAUGAGCUCUUGGAACGAAUCCAUGCACUUUUGCAUGUGGCAGGGCGUGACUUGCAGUCAAAGGCAUCAUCAAAGGGUCACAAGCCUGAUGCUACGUGGCCAAAACUUGGUGGGCUCUCUAUCCCCAAACAUAGGAAAUCUGAGUUUCCUCAGGAGUCUGCAGCUACAGAACAACAGCUUUAGCCACGAAAUUCCUCCCGAAAUCGGGCGUUUGCGUAGGCUGCAGGUAUUAAGUCUUGAGUACAACUUAUUUACUGGCCUUAUUCCUUACAACAUAUCAUAUUGCUCCAACCUCACCUACAUGAGUUUCGGCCACAACAAGCUGGUGGGCGAAAUUCCUCCAGAAAUCGGCUCCUUGUCGAAGCUUCAAACGUUUGUUUUACAAUCGAAUAAUUUGACAGGAGAGAUUCCUCCUUCCUUGGGGAACCUUUCCUCACUCCAGGUACUUGCCGCAUAUGGUAAUAACUUGAUGGGAAGCAUCCCUAGUUCUCUUGGCCAAUUGAAAAAAUUAGCAUUUUUGUCAAUUGGCAUAAAUAACUUGUCUGGCACAAUCCCUCCCUCCAUCUAUAACCUCUCUGCUCUCCAAGCUUUUCACAUAUUAUACAACCAAAUUCAUGGGACUUUGCCCUCAGACUUGGGCCAAACUCUGCCUAACCUCCAAGUCAUUAACAUUGCCCAUAAUCAGUUUACGGGAUCCAUCCCUCUCUCAAUAUCCAAUGCCACAAGUUUCAAGACUUUUCACCUUGGCUACAACAAACUAACAGGACAAGUCCCAAAUUUGCAGAAGCUUCGUGACCUCGAAUAUUUCAACAUUCAAUCUAAUCAUCUUGGAACCGGUAAAGAUGACGAUUUGAGUUUUCUCUCAGACUUGACCAAUGCCACAGAGCUAAUAUGGUUGCUCAUACCCGAGAACAAUUUUGCAGGGGCGUUGCCCGCAUCAAUAUCCAAUCUCUCAACCAAGCUUGAUAGGUUUUGGCUUUAUAGAAACCAAAUAGGUGGAGGCAUCCCAGUGGGCAUGGGGAAUCUGAUCAACUUGGAAUCGUUGGCUAUGUCGAGUAAUCGCUUCACAGGUGGCAUCCCUACGGACAUUGGGAAGCUUUCAAAGCUUGUGGAAUUAGAUAUUUCUACGAAUGAAUUAUCAGGGAGCAUUUUGCCCUCUCUAGGAAAUUUAACCAGUUUAAGCAGACUCUUCUUGCAAAUAAAUAAUCUUCAGGGCAUCAUCCCUUCAAGCCUAGGGGAGUUCCAGCGGCUGCAAACAUUGGAUCUUUCUUAUAAUAACCUUAGUGGUGCAAUACCUCCACAAGUUCUUGGCUUAUCUUCCUUAUCAAUUUACUUGAACCUGUCUGCAAACCGCUUUACAGGUUCCCUUCCCACGGAGGUUGGAAAGUUGAAGAGUCUAGGUGAACUGGACAUUUCCGAUAACAUGUUAACCGGAGAGCUGCCCAGUAGCCUUGAUGGUUGUGAAAGUUUAGAAGUCCUGCACUUGCAAGGCAACUUCUUCCAAGGGCCCAUUCCUUCGUCUUUGAAAGCGUUGAGAGCGAUUCGAGAUUUAGACAUUUCUCGCAACAAUUUUUCAGGUGAAAUUCCACAGUUUUUUGAGGGAUUUAUUUUCUUGAGGAAUCUAAACAUUUCAUUCAACGACUUUCUGGGAGUUGUACCAAUUGACGGUGUGUUCAAAAAUGCAACUUGGAUUUCAAUUGUUGGCAACAUUAGGCUCUGUGGCGGUGUUGCUGAUCUCCAACUGCCCAAGUGCAAGACUCAGAAAGGAGGAUCAUCUCAUAGCUUGAAAUUAAUCGUCUGUUUAGUAUUGGGACUUGCUCUUCUAGGAAUAUCCAUGGUGUGUUCCUAUUUCUUUCUUUGUUCGUCAAGAAAGAAAAGGAAAGAAGUUUCACGGACUACUUUGGAGAACCCUGUUUUGCAAGUGUCAUAUUCUACUCUCCUAAAAGCUACUGAUGGGUUCUCUUCAGCUAAUUUGAUUGGUGUAGGUAGUUUUGGGUCUAUAUACAAAGGAGUUCUUGAUGAUGAUGACGGUAAAACUGAUCAUCAGCUUGUUGCCGUGAAAGUGUUCAAUCUGUUGCGCCCUGGAGCAUCGAAGAGCUUCGUAGCAGAAUGUGAGGCCUUGAGAAAUAUUAGACAUCGAAAUCUCGUGAAGAUUAUAACUGCCUGUUCAAGUGUUGAUUUUCAUGGCAAUGAUUUCAAGGCUUUAGUUUAUGAGUUCAUGGAGAAUGGGAGCCUUGAAGAGUGGUUACAUCCACCUGGUGACAUUGAAGAGUCAAGGGAUCAUGCACCCAAUAAUUUAAAUGUUCUUCAAAGGCUAGACAUUGCCAUUCAUGUUGCUUCUGCACUAGAUUAUCUUCAUAAUGAUUGCGAAACACCGAUAGUUCAUUGUGAUCUCAAACCGAGCAAUGUUCUUUUGGACAACGAGUUGACUGGACGUGUUUCCGACUUUGGACUAGCAAGAUUUCUCCCACAACUAUCCGAAACUGACGCUUCAGCAAAUCAAACAAGUUCCAUUGGAGUAAGAGGAACGGUUGGUUAUGUCCCUCCAGAGUAUGGUAUGGGAAGUGAGGUGUCAAUCUCUGGGGAUGUAUACAGCUUUGGGAUUCUCUUGUUAGAGAUGUUUACAGGGAAGAGACCCACUGACGACAUGUUUAGUGCCAACUUGAACCUUCAUACUUAUGUGAAGAUGGCUUUCCCUGACCGAAUUAGAAAGAUUGCAGACUCACAAGUUUUACAAGAAGGCGUCGAUGAGACACUCAAAGAGGAGUGCUUGAGUUCGAUUUUUAGAAUUGGAAUUGCAUGUUCUGCUGAAUCCCCAACAGAUCGCUUGAAGAAUAUAAACGAUGUUGUGUCUGAGCUGCGGUCCAUUAGAAAAUCCCAAAGGUGAAUAACUGUUUUAAUGGAGUGAAAGAGAAAAGCUGCCUCGUGAAUAUGAGCCAUCGGAUUCAGAUGAUAUAGACUUGUUGAUUUAUAACCAACGGUUGAGAAUGCCAGUUGCCAUGUGGGAAAUGCAUAACAAUAAACUUGUGGCAAAUGCAUAAAAUAUAG